UCUCACAUUUUUCCCAUCUUCCCCCUUUCUCUUUCACGUAACGCGGCUACAGCUCUGUUUUCCCAUCUUCCCCUCUCUUUCCUCUUCCAACCCCAUGGGAGACACCUGUAUUUCUUGAUUCACCACCAUCUAUAAGACACAGGAAAGAGAGCGCAGGUGAUGCUGAGAUCGAUUGGCUGGGAAACAAGAAGAUAUUAGAGAGUUAAGCGGUCGUUUUUGCGUCUCAAAAAACUAGUGGACUUGUAGGUGUUGCGGGUUUUAUGGGGAGUGGGACAUUCGUGGAUGGGGUUCUUCGUUGGUUUCACCAUCACAAUCGUCGUUCUUCUUCUGUUACUACCGCUAGUAAUCCUGAUGGCUUUGUGAAUCUUGAUUCUGAAUCGAAAUCAUUACCUUCUUCAUCAUCAUCAUCAUCUACGACCCAUCUCACCAUCGUCGAAGACUUUGAUCUUUCUGCACUCAAGGUCAUCAGAGUUCCGAAACGCAUCAGUUUUCCACCUGCUUUCACCUCCUCUGUCCACAUGGAUCAUAACAGAAAGCUUGAAACAGAAUUCUUCACAGAGUACGGAGAAGCCAGUAGGUACCAAGUUCAAGAAGUUAUUGGCAAAGGCAGCUAUGGUGUUGUGGGUUCCGCAGUUGAUACUCACACUGGAGAGAAGGUUGCAAUUAAAAAGAUCAAUGAUGUUUUUGAGCAUGUCUCUGAUGCCACCAGGAUUCUUAGAGAAAUCAAGCUCCUUCGCUUACUCAAGCAUCCUGAUAUUGUAGAAAUUAAGCAUAUUAUGCUUCCUCCUUCCAGAAGAGAGUUUAAGGAUAUUUAUGUAGUUUUUGAAUUAAUGGAAUCUGACCUUCACCAAGUUAUUAAGGCAAAUGAUGAUCUGACCCCUGAACAUUAUCAGUUUUUCUUGUACCAGCUUCUUCGUGGGCUAAAAUAUAUUCACACAGCCAAUGUGUUUCAUCGAGAUUUAAAACCCAAAAACAUUCUUGCUAAUGCUGAUUGUAAAUUGAAGAUUUGUGAUUUUGGGCUUGCUCGGGUAUCAUUUAAUGAUGCCCCAUCAGCUAUUUUCUGGACGGAUUAUGUUGCAACUCGAUGGUACCGUGCUCCUGAACUCUGUGGCUCCUUUUUCUCUAAAUAUACUCCUGCCAUUGACAUUUGGAGCAUUGGAUGCAUAUUCGCAGAGAUGCUUACCGGGAGACCAUUAUUUCCUGGAAAGAAUGUGGUGCAUCAGUUGGAUCUCAUGACUGAUUUGCUUGGUACUCCUUCCUCUGAUUCUAUUUCGAGGAUUCGCAAUGAAAAAGCAAAAAGGUAUCUUAGUAGUAUGCGCAAGAAACCGCCUGUUCCUUUUACACACAAAUUUCCUAAUGUAGAUCCUUUGGCCCUUCGCCUGCUGGAACGUCUGCUUUCAUUUGAUCCAAAAGAUCGGCCAUCAGCUGAAGAUGCGCUAGCAGAUCCUUACUUUCAAGGCUUGGCCAAUGUGGAGCGAGAACCUACAACUCAUCCUAUAUCAAAGCUUGAGUUCGAGUUUGAGAGAAGAAAAUUGGCAAAAGAUGAUGUUAGAGAAUUGAUCUAUCGAGAGAUUUUAGAGUAUCAUCCUCAGAUGCUUCAGGAAUAUUUACGCAGUGGAGAACAAACUAGCUUCAUGUACCCGAGUGGUGUUGAUCGUUUUAAGCGACAAUUUGCACAUCUUGAGGAGCAUUAUGGUAAAGGCGAGAAAAGUUCUACUCCUCCGCUGCAACGGCAGCACGCAUCACUGCCUAGGGAAAGAGUUCCUGCACCCAAGGCAGAAACCUCUGAUGCUCAAGAAAAUGAUUAUGAAAAGCGGACUGUUGCUAUGACGCUUGAGAGCCCUCGGGAAGGAUCAGAAAACGCAGCUGCACAAAAUGGACCAAGUAGCGCCCGUAGCUUGUUAAAGAGUGCAAGCAUCAGUGCCUCUAAAUGUAUAGGUGGCACAGGAACCAGGGAUCCAGAGGAAGAAGUGCAACUAGAGGAGGUUGAUGGGUUAACACAAAAAGUUGCAGCUCUAAAAGCGUGAGCAACUGUGGAGUGGUAUGUUGAUUUGUUGUAGAAAAGAUAGAGCUAUAGACAAUGAAGUUAUUUUUUGGUAAGUCUAGACGAGGGGAUCGAUUUAUUGUAUACAUACUUGAAAGAAUGCAAAAUUUCUCAGCUUUUGGACUUGUGGCUGCAAGAAAUUAGACCUGAUAAAUUCAGUGGUCUCAAUUGUUGUGUACGUUUGGGAUCGAACUCGGGACAGACGUGAUGCUUUAUUUCUAGCGGUUUCCAAUGGAGAUUCCCAAAGACUUUUACCUAGUUUAUGAAUCUUAUAUUUUAUGUCUGGAGUGAAUUACACCUGUGGUUUGUUCAGAAUGUUUUUUAUUGAUGUACAUUGAACGUUUAGUGGUUUGC